CAUAUAUGAUCAGUUUGCUAUAACUAAAAAAAAAAUGGGUGAACUUUUUCGAAGUUUCCUUUCUAAGCUCAUUGCUUUACUUACCGUUAUUCUUCUUUUCCAAAGUUGUUGGCUUCAAAUGGUCACUACUGAAUCGUCAGCAGGAGAAAUUCUAACGGAUUUAUCCUGCAAUAACGAUACUUGUUUGCCAGCCGAUGAAGCGGAAGCCUUGAAAACAUUGGUGUCCAAAUUGGGCUAUCGAUCGAAUCAAGAAAGUCCGACGAAUAAUGUCACUUGCUUUAGUCCUGAAUUCAAUUGCAGCUGUACCACCAAUGUUUGUCACGUCACCAACAUAACUAUUAAAAGCUCAAACUUGGCUGGAUUUAUUGAUGGAGAAGCAUUAUCUAAGUUAAAAUACUUGGAAAUUCUUGACCUAUCCGACAAUCAAAUUCAUCGUGCCAUUCCUCCUACCCUGAAUAAUUUAACCAAGCUCCAAAAAAUCAGUUGGCUAUCCAGCAAUCAAAUUUCCGAUACCAUUCCUGCUGACCUGAGUAAUUUAUCCGGGCUCCAAGUACUACAUCUAUCUGACAACCAAAUUUCUGGUAUCAUUCCUCCUGCCCUGAAUAAUUUAUCAAGCCUCACACACAUCGCUUUUGCCCGGAACUUUCUUGAAGGGAACAUACCAACAUCUUUAGGGCAACUUACGUCUCUCAAGUAUUUGGAUCUCAGUAUCAAUUUACUUACCGGUGAAAUUCCUGCUGAAUUGGGCAAUUUGAGUAAACUUGAGUACUUGUAUGAAAUCUCUUUGCUCGCUUAAGGCCUUAAAUAA